GGAUAUCUCCUAGCUUUAUCUCGUGUUAAAUGAAAGAACGCCGCGUUGUGGGGUUUUGGAAGAAGAACAUCAAAGACGAGCAAGGCAAUGGCAACUGAGCUGGAAGAACUAGUGGAUUUCCUGUCUUCUCCUUCCCCACAAGUGAAGAAGGUGGCAGUUGAUAUUGUUCGGGGAUUAACUGGGUCUGAAGAUGGGUUGCAGUCCCUUUCCAGUUAUGCCAAGAUUCUGCUUCCAUCAUUAUCUCGGCUCUUGAGCGAGAAGAAGGAUGUUUCAGAACCUGCAGCAGAAGCUCUGGUAAAUCUGUCACAGAAUGCAGAGAUGGCUGCUAAGAUGGUUGAAACAGGAAUGAUUAAAAUGGCUAUGGAUUUGUUGUAUAAGCCGGAUUCCUGCAUUACUCAAUUGUUGGUCAUGCUUCUAGUUAAUCUAACACAGUUGAAUGCGGGUAUUUCUUCCUUAAUUCAGACUGGAGAUGAUAAGAUGCAAGGGCUGUAUGUUAUGAAGCUAGUGAGAUCAUUCUGUAGAUCCUCGAAUGAAAGCAGAGAUGAUCCUUUUGAUCAUGUUGGUUCCAUACUUGUAAACAUCUCACAGAAAGAAGCUGGAAGGAAAAUGUUAUUGGAUCCUAAGCGAGGCUUGCUGAAGCAGAUUAUUAGACAGUUUGAUUCAGCCCAGCCAUUGAGAAAGAAAGGAGUAUCUGGAACAAUCCGGAACUGCUGUUUUGAAGCAGAAAAUCAACUUCAGGAUUUGCUUUUAAUAUCAGAGUUUCUCUGGCCAGCUCUACUUCUGCCUGUUGCUGGCAGCAAGAUUUAUAAUGAACAAGACACAUCAAAAAUGCCACUCGAGCUUGCUAGUGCCCUCUUGAUUGAGCGUGAACCAGUUCAGGAUCCUGAAAUUCGUGUUCAAGUACUGGAUGCUAUUUACUUGAUCACUUUACAGGAUGCUGGACGAAGAGCCUUCUGGUCUAUCAAUGGACCAAGGAUAUUACAAGUGGGGUAUGAAGAUGAAGAAGAUCCCAAAGUAAUGGAAGCAUAUGAACGAGUUGGUUCCUUGUUGGUUAGUGGCGACGGGACAGAAGAACCAUCAACAGAGACAUCCAAGUAGCAAUUUACCCUGUCAUCUGCUUCACCCUGCACUAGAUGCAGUUGCGGGUUUUAUAGGCCAAAUCUGGGGAGAAGUCAGUAUUUCACUGUGCAUUUUAUGAUUUUCAGGUUUAAUUUGAGAGUGUUGGUCUGGAGCUACAGCUGUUGAUUUUAUGAUCUUUUAUCGUCUCAAAAAUAUAUAAAAUAUAUUUAAUAUAUAUAAUAUUUCUUU